AUGCUCCCUACUAAAUAUCUUCUGACACCUCCAGAAGAACUCCAUCCAUAUGUACCAGACUAUUUGCGUGAUACACAAGCUGCUAUAUACCCAGAUUUUGAUCCUUGGCAACAUACAAAAGAUGAGGACACUAUAAUGACUAAUUUUGUUUCCAAAGGGUAUUAUACAACAUCGAAAGUUAAUUUUGAAAGUGUUUCAGCAAGGUCGAGCCUUCAAGAUUCAUUACCAAAACUAACAGUGCAAUUAGCAUCUCAAUUCAGUAAUGUUGUUAAGUUAAGGGAAGAAGAAGUCAAUAGAAUUCCUGCUUUACCAAAAAAUUUUGAAGGAACUUUAUUUAACGAUUUAAGUGGCCCUGGAUUCAGUCUACCUACAAGAAUAACAUUGACUGAUCAUAAGAGGGAAUUAUGGCUGCAAGAAUUAAGCUCUUCUUAUGCAUCGUUAUCCAAGAUAUCUAAAUAUGUUCCACAUGGACUGAAGAGGCGACAGGUACUGGAACAGUGCUAUAUGAAACAAAUACCUAUCAAACGUGCUAUUUGGCUAAUAAAAUGUUGUUAUUCUUUGGAAUGGAAAUCAUUAAUGAUAAAGAAUCAAAAUAAAAAUGAGAACACGAAUAACAUUAAUUUUCAAUUGUUAAAGGAUUGGACAGAUAAUUAUGUGUUUAUUAUGGAAAAACUAAUCUUCGAAAUGAAUACAUAUAGUGAUGAUCAAAUAAGACUGAAAGUCUGGAAAUCAGAGAUUAAUUAUUUUUUAAAACUUAUUGGGAAUUGCUACAGCUUAAAUUUAUUGAAUAAAGAAGUAUUUCAUCAUUGGUUAGUAGAAUUUUUUUCUAAAGUAGAGAAUUUUGAGUUCUUACCAUUAACAUUGCAUAUAUUGACUACAUUUUGGGAUGGCAUCUGUCAGCCAAAUAAUAUAUCAGAUAACUCACAACCUUUUUUCUUAGUUUCUAAAAUUGUCGAAACUUUAUUACAAAAAUAUUAUCAAAUCUCUAAUGCAAAAUCUAUGAUAAAUGAUCAAAAAUAUAUCAUAAAUGAUAUCAAAAAAAAUAACUCAAUUAAGAAAGCAAUUUUAAAUACAAUAAAAUCAUUGGUAAUUAAAUUAUUUCAAACUCAAUCUUUAGAGAUAUUUUUAUUUCCGAAUUCUAGCUGGGAUACAUAUAAACCAUGCUUAUAUGAAAUACUAAAUACAAAUAACGAUACAUCUCGCAUGACAAAUGAUAUAAGAAGAAAACUGGAGCUAGUUAGUUACAGGAAUGAAUCUUUAAAAUUUAGCAUUUAUCCAAUUGAGAAAAGUUUAGGCAAUGAUCCUGCAAACUAUUUCCCAGCUCCAGAUUCCAAUAAUGAGUAUAUAACACAACUGAAGUCAGUUGAUGUAAAAUUCACUAAAUUGUUGGAUAAUAAUUCAAUAGAUUAUGACUGGUCUACUUAUAUUGAUAGGGAAAGUUUUUCAGUAGGCCAUGUUCUACAAUUGUUAAUAUGGACGAUCCAUCCUUCUCGUAAAGAUCAUAUAGAUUCAAUUCAUUUAGCUACUAAAAUAUUAUUAUUAAGAAUCAACAGUAUGGAAGGAUCACAAGAAUAUGUUUUCGAAGAUACAAUUUGGUCAUUAGUGUUUAGAAUUUCAAAGAUAAAACCAGAAAAUAGGAAUUCAUUUGUUAAUCUAGAGUGCUUAUAUCGGUUACUUAAUCUGCUUAUCGUAUAUGGCAUUAUUAAAGUUCCAACGUAUAUUAGAAAAUUGAUUAGUUCAGGAAUAUUGUAUUUGAGUGAUUCUACAGAUAAAUUUUUCCAUUGUGAUGUUUUAAUUAACUUAAAUAUCUCUCCUCUAACAAAAAGCCAGUACAAUAUGGUCCUAAAAAAUAUGAUGGAAUAUGACACUUCAUAUUUUGAGAAUUAUACUUAUGAUAAAUUAUUAGUAAUGUCAGAAGAAUUAAAACAAAACUUAUUAAAUGGCCAAGAUGAUUUUGAUCCAGAAAGUUACCCAUUAAGUGUGAAAUCCAUGGUUUCAGAAUGGUAUCUGUCGUACUUAUGCAAUGGCGAUCUGAAAAUGAUAGAUAAAGGUAGCUUACUGAGAAAUUUUAGAAUAUUUAAAAAUAAGUUGGAGGGAUCUCACCAUCUAUACAAAUGGCUUGAAUUUAUCGUUUAUCAUCAGUUAAUGGAAAAUAUUGAAACGUUGGAGGCCUUAAUGGAUAUUUUAAUGUGCAAUGAAAAAAUAUUCUCCCAAUUUAUUAAUGACCAUAUACUUUUCAUAAAGACAUUCAUCUUUAUAUAUAUUAACAUUCUCAAGGUUAAAGAUUCGGAUGCAUAUUUCGUUACGUCUUUUAUGCCAUUUUGGAAAUUUGUGAUGAAAUGUUUCCCAGUAGAAAUUACUAUUGACGAAGAUUUGAGAAACAAAAUGUCAUCAGUAUACGAAAAUGAAAAAUUAAAAAUUGAAAAACUUACGAAGGAGAAACAAUUAUGCUAUUCUAUUCAUGAUAACUUAGUUAAUGAAAAAUCUGAACAUAAUAUUAAAUCCAAUAGCCCUGGAUCUACACCAAAUAAUAACUCUGUAACCCCUACUAAUAGACCUUCUUGGAAUUUUACUGAAAUCUUUCAAAUUAAUAUUAGAAUAUUGCUAGGUAAAAAUAAUUCAGUUCAAGAACAAAGCAGAUCAAGGAAAAUAAUGUUGUUAUUAAAAGGUAGCAAUGUAAGAGAAUACAACAAAUUUAUUUCAAUAUUUUUAAAGAGAAAAGAUUUUAAAUUGUAUGAUUUAUACUUUUUAAUUGGAUCUAAAUUACUAACAUUAGAACAGAUUCAAAAAAUAUUGGGGUAUGAAUACAUAAUGCAAUUAAUAUCAAUAAAUUCGUGUGAAGAUUCACUAGAAAUGAUUACACCAUAUUUUGAAAUUCAUUGUUUCCAAUUCAUUGUUAAUAAUUUUCAAAAUAUUUCAAAUUUUUGUAUUGAAAAUUUGUCUAAAUAUUAUCACCAAUUUUUGGGAAUAUUAAUUCCGAUUGGUACUAGAAGUGGUUUAGCUAGAACAAGUACUAAAAUAAUUGAAAAUCUGUUAAACCAAUCUCAUAUAAAUAAAACCCAGUUUUUAGAAGAUGCAUUACGCUAUGGUACAACCAGUAAUAUUGUCAACAAUGAUCUAGAGUGUGAUAUUUUUGAGGAUGAUCAUACUUUGGAUGAACUGAAUAUUACAAAUUUUUAUCAUAAGCUAGAUUUUACUAAUUUAUGGCUAUUCCAAUCAUUUACCAGUUAUCAAAUUAGCAUCCUAAUGAAAGAUGAAGAUGGAAGUUACAUGGAUAAUUUAAAGAUAUUCUUAUUUGAAUUAAUAGAUGUAUGCAAAGGUAAUUGUUUAUGCUCUCAACUUUUACAACAAAUAUCUAAUGUCGAUAUUUUGCGUUUAAUAAUCCACAUCUUUGAAAAAGAUUUCUUCGAGAAAUGUUUAUCAGACUUGGGAAUUCAUUCUGAUGAUACAGUAAACACGAAUUUCCAAAACGAUAAUGAUGAAAUUUAUAUUCCGAUUAAAAUUAUUAUUUUGUUGUCUCAAAGAAUUUCUAAAAUCAGCGGCAGUAGUGAAAUUAAAAUUGAUAAUGAAAUGUUUCAAUUAAUAUGUCAAAAUAUUCAAAAAUUUUAUUGCCUAACCGAAGAGAAUUUGGUCCAUGAAGGUAAAAGAUUAGAAAUCUUUUUAAAAAUAUUUACAUUACAUCAAAAAAGUAUUUUCCAUUAUAUUGUAACAUGCUUACAAACUAAUCACAAGAAUCGAUCGAACAUUAUUCAAACCAUUAAAUCAUUAUUUCAAUUAUUUGAUAAAAUCUCCUUUAACUUGAAUUUGAAAUUAAUGCUAUACGAAAUAUUAUCUUCGUUAAAAUCGUACAUAAUAUAUUCAUCUACAAUCAUUUCUGAUUCUGAAUAUCAUCCCGUGACUAGUAGUAGUAGUGUAACAAGUGCUAGUAGUCAGAAUAAUACUAUGACCGGAAAUGGUAACAACAAUUUUCAUUCUACCCUAAAUAUUCCAAGAGAUUUGCUAAAUUUACCGCCGUUCCAGGUAUCAUCAUUUAUUGAUGACAAGGAAAAGACAAACGUUAGUGAUGACAUAACAUUAGGUAUAACUCUUUUACCCUGUGGUACCAAUAAUGAUAAUUUCACAGAAGACAAUAUGAAGAAGUAUUAUUUAUAUAACGUAAAGGACGAAGUGUAUGAAAGCCAGUUGCAUAAUGAAUCAUAUUACAACAUUUCUAAUUACCAAUCUGAUCAUGGAUCAUCAUUCAAUAACUCCUGUUUAAAUUUAUCAUUAUUCAAUACAGCUUAUGAAAGAAGAAAUCCAAAAUAA